AUCAUCAUUUGCAUCCGGCCGGCCCCGUGUCUCGGAUGACUGUCGGGUCUUUUUUGUACCCUCACUGCAAAAUACUUAUUUUGUGCGACGGUGGUUGGAAACUGGCGAUUUAAGAAGGCGAAACCCUAGAGAUCUGCUCCAGAGACUCGACUUCUUCCCCCCCCCCAAAGUUCGCAAAAAAAGAAGUUCGGUAAAAGGUGGCGAAAAUGAACCCUGCUGGCGUCCCUCCCCCGCCGGGGCAGCAGGUGAUCCAUGUCACGCAGGAUUUGGACACCGACCUCGAAGCUCUCUUCAACUCGGUCAUGAACCCCAAGCCCAGCUCGUGGAGGAAAAAGAUCCUGCCAGAGUCCUUCUUCAAGGAGCCCGACUCGGGCUCCCACUCCCGGCAGUCCAGCACUGACUCAGGCAGCCACCCGCCGCGGCUCAGCAGCGCUGCCGUCGGAGCCCACCACGUCCGCUCGCACUCGUCGCCCGCUUCUCUGCAGCUGGGCGCCGGCGCCGGGGCCACCCCGAGCCAGGCCCAGCAGCAUGCCCACCUCCGCCAGCAAUCCUACGACGUGACGGACGAGCUGCCGCUGCCUCCCGGCUGGGAGAUGGCACUCACGCAUACGGGCCAGAGAUACUUCCUCAACCAUAUAGAGAAGAUAACGACGUGGCAAGACCCUCGAAAGACCAUGACCCAGCCAUUGAAUCACAUGAGCCAUCAUCCUUCAGCCGCUUCCACCCCUGUAUCGCAGAGAUCCAUGGCAAUGUCACAGCCCAACCUUGUAAUGAAUCACCAGCACCAGCCGCAAAUGACAGCCAGUACAACUAUAUCCCAGCAGAACCACCCUACCCCGAACCCUCAAGCCGCCUUAUUGAACAUGCCGAAUGCCUUGACUUCCCAGCAGCAGCAGCAACAGAAGCUGAGGCUUCAGAGGAUCCAGAUGGAACGAGAAAGGAUUCGCAUGCGCCAGGAGGAACUCAUGCGUCAGGAAGCUGAUUUGUACAGACAACUUCCCAUGGAGUCUGAGAACAUGGCUCCAGUUCAGACUGCUGUGAGCACACCUCCUAACAUGACACAAGACAUGAGGUCUAUUACAAAUAAUGGUUCGGAUCCCUUCCUGAACAGUGGGCCAUACCAUUCCAGGGAGCAGAGCACAGACAGUGGCCUAGGCUUAGGAUGUUACAGCAUACCAACUACACCGGAAGACUACCUCAGCAAUGUAGAUGAGAUGGACACAGGAGAUAAUGUAGCACAGACUCCCCUGAAUAUCAACCCACCACAGACCCGUUUCCCCGACUUCCUUGACUGUCUUCCAGGAACAAACGUUGACCUUGGGACAUUGGAAUCUGAAGACCUGAUUCCCAUCCUCAGCGAUGUAGAAUCGGUCCUCAACAAAAACGAGCCCUUUCUCACCUGGCUGUAACUGAUAAUGCAACAUUGUUUUUUUCCUCCUAGCAAAA